CUGUAGUGUCUUUUGGUGCCAUCGGUGAUUCAAAGCUGUCUCUGACUCCAACAGGUAGGCACCACCGUGACGUAGCCUGCCACCAGCCACCAGCCACCCUUCCCUCCCUCCACCCCCACCGUCACCGCCAGCCUCCCAGCUGCGUCCGCCGCUGUCCUGUCUGGCCGCCCCGGUGUCUGCUCCGCGCUCUGCCCCGCUCCGCUCCCAACCCCCGGAUCCCUGAAGCCUGUGCCUCCUCGUUCACCAUCCCGGCUCCCGGACCUACCCCCCUCUUCCCACCCGGUGAAUGCGCCAGCGACCGUAAAGCAUGACGGGCAUCGCCGCCGCUUCUUUCUUCUCCAAUUCCUGCAGGUUCGGGGGCUGCGGUCUGCAGUUCGAGUCUCUCGCCGAGCUCAUCGUCCACAUCGAGGACAAUCACAUCGACACAGAUCCGCGGGUUCUGGAGAAGCAGGAGCAACAGCAGCCCACCUACCUGGCCCUAAGCUACAUCAACAGGUUCAUGACGGACGCAGCACGCCGCGAGCAGGAGACCAUGAAGAAGAAGGCCACGCCCAAGCUGUCCCUGUCGAUCACAGGCGGCAUGUCCCGGAACAGCACGGCCACGCCGCCGCGCCACACCAGCGGCAACCUGACCCCUCCCGUCACGCCCCCCAUCACCCCGUCCUCCUCGUUCCGCAGCAGCACGCCUACAGGCAGCGAGUAUGACGAAGAGGAAGUAGACUACGAGGAGUCGGACAGCGACGAGUCGUGGACCACAGAAAGCGCCAUCAGCUCCGAGUCCAUUCUGAGCUCCAUGUGCAUGAACGGGGGAGAGGAGAAGCCGUUCGCCUGCCCCGUCCCCGGGUGUAAAAAGAGAUACAAGAAUGUGAACGGCAUCAAAUACCACGCCAAGAACGGCCACCGCACGCAGAUCCGUGUGAGGAAGCCCUUCAAGUGUCGCUGUGGCAAGAGCUACAAGACGUCGCAGGGCCUGAGGCACCACACCAUCAACUUCCACCCGCCCGUCUCCACGGAGAUCCUCCGCAAGAUUCAAGGCUAGAUCCCUGCGCUACCAGUCAGCUACCCUGAAACAUUAGCCCUGUCCUGACUCUCCUCAUCCAUCCCAAACACUAAAGGAUCAAGUGCAUGCUUUAAGUUGUUUUUAUUUUGUCACUCUUUUUUUUUUUUUUUUUGCAUCCAUUUUUGCAUUCUUCUUUUGUCCUAUCCAAGUAUUAUCACUUGUAUUUUUUGGGGAAAAAAAAAACAAACAAAACAAACUGUGUAUCUUUGUAGUAUUUUUUUUUAUUUUUAUUGAUGUACAUUUGCACAUUCGUAUAUGCUAUCAUUUUGUAUUUUUUAUUUUUUUUCUCAACUGUUUUACUUGCAUAAGGUGCUAGCUGUAAAAAAAAAAACAGAAAGAAAAGACAAAAACACAAACGAAAGAAAAGCGGAAGGGUAGUGGGAAAAGGAAGCGCGAGCGACUCCUGCCCUUUGGUUUUUAUUUAUUUAUUUUUUUUUGUUAGUUUGUUUUUUCUCCCGCUCGUCCCUGAGCAGGAAGAACGCGAGCCGGGCUGUUUCGAACGCGCCCCGUCCGCUCGCUGCAGAGUCCCCCGCCGAGCUUAAGUCUGUGCCUUCACAGCUACUUCUGGGAGUUUAAGAGCAAGAGUUAAGUUAUACUUAGAACAGAUAUAUUGAUAUAUAAGCAACAGACAAAUAUGUAUGUGUACAUAAAAAAAAAAUAUAAAAGUAUUCAUGAGCAUAUUCAUAGUUACUUUAUUUUGAAGCUUUAUUUUAUAUAUAUAUAUAUAUAUUUUUUGCCAGUGUUUUAGAAGUAGUGUUGUUUUUUUUUUUUUCCUGUGUAUCUGUAAGUGUUCAUACUUACAGCACAUUGUCAUUCACUGACAGCCCUGGUAAGGAUGGGUAGAAAGCCUUCAAGUAACCAAGCCUUCUUUUGCAGCAGCAUAAUCUCUUAGACAAAUGCAGACAUGUCUGAACUUUUAAUCCAAGUAGUUAUUUAGUGGGGAAAGAAAAAAAAAAAUCUCAUAUUGAGAAAUAUUUGUUUACAAACGUACCCUUGCUGCACUUAUUAGCACCAACGCUGCAUGCCGUGCUGCCCUCCCUUCUUCAGUAAUGUUUUCACUUUUUCCAGGUCAUUAUCCUGUUGAAAGGCCCAUUGAUAACCUAGUUUUAGAUUUUACUUGAGAAAAUCUUUUUGAGAAAAGUUUUAGAAACUUGAGAAAUAUUUAUUUAUGAUGUCAUGUGCUCAACAAGGUUGCCAUAGUGACUGUUCCAGGCCAGAUCCACAGAGAUUUGUCAUCUGACCCACUAGAUGAGCCUCAAACAAACCAGUCGGCAUGUAGUCGCCUCCUAAUGGUCGUUAGGGAGACUUGAUAACAUCCAAGUUGUUUUUUUUCCCCCCUUUUAAGUUUUUUUUCUGACUUGUUUUGUUGCUUUUUUAAAAAAGUAGAAUAGACAGUAAGUGGGCAGAGAGAGAAGCUGCAAAGAACGCCGGACAGCUGCGUCGGUGCACACUGAAUCAGGAGUGCACCGCUUGCAGUGUUCCGGCCGAUGACCGAUCUUUAAAAAGCUUGAGCAGCUGACUGGGAUUAUGGGCCACUACCAAUUUUUUUUUUUGACUGAAAAGUUGCUAAAUAUAGCAACAAAGUUGCUAAAUAUAGCAACAAAGUUGCCAAGUUGGUAACAGUGGGAUGAGUAUUGUUAACUGCACAUGUGCAGAAAUAACCUGGUGGGACAGCGGCUGAUUUUCAGACCUUUGCAGAGGUAGAUGAGAUCAGUUUCUCAUGUUAAGUAUUGGCCAGUCGUCCUAAAUUAAGGAAACUGGGGAAGAUUUAUUGGUGCACCCGUAGUUUGAGUCCAGUUCCAGAUUCAUUAGUUGACUUGAUUAUGGGUGUAGGUGAGUUCAGGAGAAAAGCUGCUGCCUUCUAAACAUUUCCUGACUUUUUGAGAUUUCCACAUGGAAUGGCAUGCUCUCUUGUCGUUCCCAUUUUGAAAAGUAGCUAAUAGUGUCAUUACUUUUACACCCCCAGGAAAUCAAGAAUAACUAAAUAAAAGUUCAACACUAGUAAGCUUAAAACAGUGAAGUGUGAACUGCGAAAGUGCUACAUUAUUUAUUGUGUAGGGGUGCCAAUAAUUAUGGAUUUUGUUACUAGUUCUCUCCUAACGUGUUUUUGUGUCCCCCACUGAAUGAACUGACUCGGAUUAAAGACUGGAUUUUGCUAAAAAAUAAAAUUGCGCUGCUGCAAUAAAAGCUGAAUUUCUCUAAAGGCUUUUUCCGUUUCGCUAUCAGAGGCACUUGAUUUCUGUGUGCUGUAUUUGCUGAUGAUCUUUUUUUUUUUUUCUUCUUCCUUCGUUUUACACAUUCUAAAACAUUAUUUUUAACGUCGAUCAGGAAGAGACCACGGCCGAUGUUUGAAGCGUUUCGACCGCCACGUCGAGAAAUUCAGCAUUUCCCUCGCUCAUAGUGCCAGAGCUGCCGCUCCACUCGCUCGGCCUCGAAAAGCAGGCCGAGCAUCAUAUAAUGUAUUCCAGUUGCCAAGAGCUUUUGUUUUCUUGUUUUUGUUUCCAUGAUCGUUGCCAACAGCUCUCCACUGCCAAACAUUGACCAUACCAUGUGCCUGACGGGAGGGAGAAAUGGGAGGGGGGGGCUUAUGAUAGCGGUUUUACAGUGGAGGUCGCCAAAAGUGUGGCAACGAUUGUUCUUGUUCAUCGCGCCUCCAAAGUGUGCAUGGAUGAAUGUCUUCAUGCAUGCUUUCAGAAAAAAAGAAAAAAGAAACGGCGGUUACAUUUGUAUUUAAGAGAUUAUCAUCUACAACUUGUCUGUGUGUGUGUUGUAGAGAGCAGCAUUCCAGUCCGUCUGUAUGUGUGUGUUUUUCAAGCAGUAUCUUCAUCAGCAUAGGGAAGUGUUCCUGUACGUGUGUGUUUAUCAGUGCUCGGGUGUUUCACGUUUCCUUUGCCGGAUCGACUCAAGGGACCGGAUUGUCACGCUCUCUCAUGUUUUACUCUCAAUUACCAGAGUUGAGCAACGUAGACUCAGUCAUUCCUCUCAUACAGACUUUAUAUUCCGGUCAAGGCUCCGAGUUUGAGCCGUUUCUCUUCUUCUUGGAUUCCAACGACACGCACUCCAAAUCCUCCUGUUUGCAAGUUUCUUCUGGUCCAGCUCCGGGUGACGGCACCCGCCUAUACUAACUGAUAUACUGUCACUUGGUGCGCUGCUGGACGACCAAGCACAAGUCUGCGACGACAGAUUGGAGGAAGUAGAGCAACGGGCGUAUGCCGAAGAGGACGAGGGGAUUCGGGAGGGGUUCAGUAUACCAUGUACAGUGAAUGUAAUGUAACACGUGUCUGUCGUCAAGUGCUUUUAAAUUAUAUUUUCGUAUGUAACAUGGAGACCAAUGUUUCCCUUUUGUAUGGGAGGUUUAAACAGGUUCUGAGGAAGAAUAAGUUGUAGGUGAUGUCAAACUGUCUUUCUAUAUAUAUAUAUAUAUAUAUAAAAAACAAGCUGCUUCAAUGUAAAUGACUGAAAAAAAACAGCAAAAUAAAGUGAAAAUCCCCCACAGCUCCAACUCAUUCGCUUCUUGCUUCCCCGAAUAAAGAAAAGCAGCAACAGUCACGUUCAUUUAGACAAGCGUAAUUUAUUCUUAAAGAUCUUUUCCACUUACACUAAUUUCCAGACAUUCUCACAUGAGAUUAGCGUUGGGACAUGAGACGUACACAAAAAGGGGGCCGCACUCCUUGAACCUGCUCACAUCGCAACAGUAAACUAGGUGUAUUUUUUAUUUUUUUUUUUUAUGUCAUUUUUGGGGAUUUUAAGUGAUCGACCAACGCAUGGCAGAGCAGAAUUGCAGCAUUUAUGUACAGCCCCAUUUACUUUGCUACCUCUAAAUUACGUUCAGAAAAUGAUCCGGUCAGAAGAGACAAAACUUCCAACGUUUCGACCUGCAUGGAAAACAGAUUCCCCCACAACACACCGUCCCCCCAUGGUGAAACAUGGUGGUGUCAGCAUCAUGCUGAGGAAAUUUUAUACCUACUGGGAAAAUACAUGAUUGUGAUACUACUGGGGAUGCAUCAACAACUGUGUUGGCUGAUGAUAGUCAUUUUUUGUUGAAGUAUCGGUCCGAUAAGAUAAACUGGGCUGAUAUUAGCAGCUGAUGUUUAUUUAGAUUUACGGUUUGUUUCAUGAGGAGGUUGUCCAUGUUGUAUUUGUCCAGUCAUGUGAUGCAUUACAGCAGCAUAAAUAUUGGAUAUCGACAUCGGCCCAAACUUUUCAUAUCGGUGCGUCCAUAAAAUCCUGACUUGGUUUUUGCAUUCGUUCCCACAACUCUUCAGUCCAGUGUUCACUGAAGGAAGGAAAAUACUAUUUUCUUUCCACUUCACAAUUAUGCGCUACUUUUUUAUUAAUCACAAAAAAUCCCCCCCCCCCCAAAAGUACAUUAAAGUUUGUGCAAAAUGUGGAAAAGUUUAAGGUGAGUGAGUACUUUUUUUUUUUUUUUUUUGCAAGGCAUUAUAGUUUGUGAAGCGUGGAUGCAACACUGUUAACACUGCCGUAACAAGAAAUUAAGAGACACGAAGCUCAAAACACACAUUUAAAUGACAUGAGGGCAAACAGACCUGCACACAACUGCUUCACAGUUCUAAGCUUAAAAAAAAAAAAAAAAAAAAAAA